GACUUGUAUGUGAUGGGUUGUCAAAGUUGACUGAUUGGGAAAUUCGUGGGAUCUACUAUUUCUCACCUAUUUCUACCCAUCUCUCUUUCCCUCUCCUAUUCCCUUUCUAUUUUUCUUCAAACAAACACCUCUAAUGCUCACUUUAUUUCUCAUCUAUUUCCAAUCUACCUGCUUUUUUCUAUCUUACCUUUUUCUCUCACCUCUACCAAACAUACUCUAAAUGAAGUAACACCCCACAACAAUAGUUAGUGUGGAACGGACAAUUAGUUCUAAAGUAAAACAGUUAAGCCAAAUGUUGAGUUUCACUUGGUUUAGUGUUUAAUCUUAUGCUUUAUUGAUGUUUGUCCUACAUCAAUGUGAUUUGUGGAAGCUGCUUCAAAUUUUCUUUUUCAGUGCUCGCAUCAGUAUGUGUUGUACUCGUAGAGAAUCAUAAUUGUCAAUUGUGAAUUUGGUUAUCACAGGAUAUCAGUCAACCUAAAACAGAAUAUGACUUACCUGCUGGUGUAUUGUCUGUCUCUCUUCUGAGACAUCAGAAAAUUGCAUUGGCUUGGAUGCUUCAGAGGGAAACCAAAAGUUUGCAUUGCUUGGGGGGGAUUUUGGCUGAUGAUCAGGGUCUUGGAAAGACAGUAUCAAUGAUUUCCCUCAUUCUGGCAUUGAGGUCAUUACAGUCAAAAUCAAAAACAGAUGAUGUGUUCAAUCAUAAAACUGAAGCUUUGAAUUUGGAUGACGAUGAUGACAAUGGUGGUAUAGAUGUGGAAAAGAAUAAAAAUAGUAUGGAAGCUGAUGAUUUGUUUCCUAGUAGAGAACCUAGCAGUUCAACACAGACACCUGGUAGAAAAAGGCCAGCUGCUGGUACCCUAGUUGUCUGCCCUGCCAGUGUUAUGCGACAGUGGGCCAGGGAACUUGAUGAGAAAGUUGGAGAUGAAAAGCUUUCUGUUUUAGUUUAUCAUGGGGGCAGUAGGACUAAGAAUCAUGUUGAACUUGCAAAAUUUGAUGUGGUUCUAACAACAUACUCUAUUGUGACUAAUGAAGUUCCUAAGCAACCAUUAGUUGAGGAUGACGAUAUUGAGGACAAAAAUGGGGAAAGAUUUGGGUUAUCUUCUGAGUUUUCUGUUAAAAAAAGGAAAAAACAAUUUAACGGAAAUAAGAAGGGUAAAAAGGGUAGAAAAGGAAUUGACAGUUCUACGGAAUGUGGUUCUGGUCCUCUUGCAAAAGUAGGUUGGUUUAGGGUUAUUCUAGAUGAGGCUCAAACAAUAAAAAAUCACAGAACUCAGGUGGCUAGAGCUUGCUGCAGCCUUAGAGCCAAAAGAAGGUGGUGCUUAUCUGGAACACCUAUUCAAAAUACUAUUGAUGAUUUGUAUAGCUACUUUAGAUUCCUGAAGUAUGAUCCUUAUGCUGUAUAUAAAUCAUUCUACAACACCAUAAAGGUUCCUAUAUCCCGAGAUUCCAUUCAAGGUUACAAGAAACUUCAAGCAGUUUUAAGGGCCAUAAUGCUACGUCGUACAAAAGGAACUUUGCUUGAUGGGAAGCCAAUAAUCAAUUUGCCUCCUAAAACAAUUGAGCUCAGUAAAGUGGAUUUCUCCAUUGAGGAGCGAGCCUUCUAUACUAAGUUGGAAUCAGACUCACGCAAUCAAUUUAAUGCAUAUGCUGCUGCUGGGACAGUCAAUCAAAACUAUGCUAAUAUUCUUUUAAUGCUCUUACGUCUCCGACAGGCUUGUGAUCAUCCACGUCUUGUUAAAGAUAUUGAUUCUGAUCCUGUUGGGAAGGAUUCUGUUGAAAUGGCAAAAACUCUUCCAAGGGAAUUGCUGAUUAAUCUGUUUAGUUGUUUGGAUGCAACCUUUACUAUCUGUCAUGUUUGCAAUGAUCACCCUGAUCGCCCUGUUAUUACCAUGUGUGGCCAUGUCUUCUGUUAUGAAUGUGUACAGGAAUAUUUGUCUGGUGAUGAUAAUACUUGCCCUGCUGUUAAUUGUAAAGAAACAAUCGGUGAUGAUCUUGUUUUCUCCAAAGUUACUUUGAAAAGUUGUAUCUCUGAUGAGGGAGGCACUUCUAGUUCUUCAAAUUCACAUCUUAGUGAUUAUUCGCAAGUGCAGCGGGAUGAUUACAUUUCAUCUAAAAUCAAAGCUGUUCUUGAGGUUUUGCAGUCAAAUUGUAACGUGAAAAUAUCCAAUUCUGACUUACAGAACUCUGGAUGUUGUAGAAAUUCGCCGUCGUCUUCUGUUGAUCUAGAUGUUGAUGACAGUGAUUCAGAGGCUAGGGUUGCAAAACACACGAGAAAGUAUUCAGGGUCUACAACCGAAGGAUCGAUAAAGGCUAUAGUUUUUUCCCAGUGGACUAGCAUGUUGGAUUUAGUUGAGACAUCAUUGUGUCAAUAUGGUAUAGUGUACAGGAGACUUGAUGGUAGGAUGACUCUGGGUGCAAGGGACAAAGCUGUUAGGGAUUUCAAUUCUGAACCUGAGAUAACUGUCAUGCUGAUGUCACUAAAGGCGGGAAACCUUGGUUUGAAUAUGGUUGCUGCUUGUCAUGUUAUUCUUUUGGAUCUUUGGUGGAAUCCAACUACUGAAGAUCAAGCUAUUGAUCGAGCCCAUAGAAUUGGACAAACUCGUCCUGUUACUGUGACAAGGAUUACUAUAAAAGAUACCGUUGAAGAUCGGAUACUGUCUCUUCAGGAGGAAAAGAGAAAAAUGGUUGCAUCUGCUUUUGGGGAAGACCAUGCUGGUGGGUCUGGAACUCGCCUUACAGUGGAUGAUCUGAAAUAUCUCUUCAUGGUCUAGACUCAAGACCUCUCCUUGCUUCUUCUUCUCAUAUGACGGAUGGAUAAUUUGAAGUUUUGGUUUGUUUUGGGCGAUUUGGCAUGGAGUUGGAAUGGUUGUUCUGAAGGAGGGUAUGACUUUUUUUGGUGCCUGCUUACACCCUUUGCAAAAUUUGGUAGGAGAGGCUUGGUUGAUCCAAGUGGUAAUUUAAUCUGUUUUGAAGCCCACAAGGGCAAUUUUGUCCUCCAUGCUAUUAUAUAGCUGAAGGCCGUCUGUAAAUAUUCUUAUUAAAUUAUAAUAUGGUUUAUGAAAA